AUGUUUCAAUUUCACCAUUCAAUCCGCCAUCAGCCAUGUCCCGGAGACAUCACCUUACCAGGCGUUUUCGACUACCGUCUCAGUCAUAUCGCUCGCGGCAGCGGCCAUAGCGCUAGUAUAUAUCAGUUAAUAAUCAGAUUAGCAGUGAACAAAAUUUACUCACUUCAUGGUGUUGCUUGCGGCAUUCGUGGCAGCGGUUUCCGCGACGACAUUCCCAGUCGUAUUCGCAACGUUCGCCACAAUAAAUCACCUGGUGAGUCCAAGACGAUUAGAUUUGCAGAUGAGGAUGUGGGCGAGGUCUCAUACAUCGAGAGUGCCAUCAGUGACCUUGGUACUGCCAACGUCGUCGGUGUUGGGCUCCGUUGCAGCAGCCAGGGCAAGACCCAGGAGGGCCAUAGAUGCAAGCAAGAAUCUUGUUCUCUCGGAGGGUGUACUGGCUCGGUUCCAUUCGGAGGGUAUCCGGAACAUCCCUCUGACGCUUGGGAUCAAGUUUACUAUCGCUGCUCAUGCAAUAACCCCUCGUUGGCGCAGGAACUUCCGAUGCCAAGAUGUCAUCCUCCCCAGAUUCAAGGCUUGUGCAACAAGCGGAGGUUACGGCAGUCGACCUUAUGCGCUAUCCUCCGAAAGCCGGGCGGCGAAGGCCUUUCCAGAUGUAUUUCAAGCCCGCUGGGCUCCUACAUAUUCCAUGGCUAUGUUGUGCAAAGGCAAAUGGAACAUCCCGGUGGAACUAAUUGUGGUAUACCCAUAUCUGCGCCGGAUGUCCAUGGUGCCUUGAACGUCUACGUACAGUCAGGAUGUCACACAGGCUGGCUUAGUUCUGACUCUGAAAGCUAA